AUGGAAGAAGAAAAAGCAGCGGCGUACUACGACGAGUUGACCCGCAAGGGCGAGGGAGCCGCUAGGUUUAAACAAGGUCUCGGUUUUUCCACUUCCGCAUCAAACGACGACGUUCCCAAACCUGGCUCUGCCCUCGCCUCCUCCUCCUCCUUCCUCUCCAAAUUCGUCAAAGCCUCCUCCACCUCUUCCCACUCCGACAAGGAACCGCAAGUCAAUGCCUCCUCCGCCCCUUCCGAGUCCCAGAAGCAAGCGCAACUGCAAUCCAUUCACGACAAGCUCAAGAAGAAGCCCUCUUCCGAGCCUAGGGUUUCGAGCAGAGAGAGGGAGAGGGAUAGAGAUAGAAGUAGAAGACGAAGCAGGAGCAGAGACAGGUACAGGGAAUCGCGGAGGCGGAGCAGGAGUAGAGACAGAUAUAGGUAUAGAGAUUUCGGCGGGGAUAGGGAUAGGGAUAGGGAGAGAGGGAGACGGAGGAGUAGAAGCGUUUCUCCUCGCAGACAACGUAGGUUGGAGAAGGACGCGGAUGAUAGAGGGAGGAGUGAAGCCAGAAAGGGGAAGAGUGCUGCGACUGAUUUUUCCAACCUAAUUGAAGGUUAUGACCGUAUGUCAUCUGCUGAAAGAGUCAAAGCAAAGAUGAAGCUUCAGCUCUCUGAAACUGCUGCACAUGAUUCAGAAAAGGGGGUAGGCUGGGAGCGGUUCGAGUUUAACAAGGAUGCCCCUCUUGAUGAUGAAGAAGUUGAAGUCGCCGAAGAUGAUGCAUCCUUAGUCAAGCACAUCGGCCAAAGUUUCAGAUAUUCUGCAGUUGAGGCAAGGAGGGAGGAACAAAUACAAGCUGCCCAUGAGGAAGCUAUGUUUGGUGCUACAGCACUUCCACCUCCCAUCAGUACAGAUAGUGAGCCUGAAAGGGAGAACGAGGAAGAGGUUCAUAAAAAAGAUCUGGUUACAAGCCUCUUAAGUGAAACAGUGCUGGCCAAGCAAAAGGGAUCCUGGCGUGAUCGGGUUCGGCAGGCUUAG